CCACUGCCGCAGCGCAUGUCAUAAUGCCGAUUCCGGGGGGACUGCAAUUCCUUAUUGGAACACCUCAGGCAUACGUUCAGCUACGUUCAGCUGAUCAUGAGAAACGCUCGAACUGAGCGUUCCCGACGAUGAAAUCGAAUAUAUAUACCUGACCGCCUAUAAGCGGGUUGACUGUGACCUUAUUUCUCACCUCUCAUCUUGCUGCUCACCAUGGCUGCUUCUACCCGCCUCGAUAUCGACAAGACACUUGCCAAGCUGACUUUGGGCCAGAAAGUCAAGCUUCUGUCGGGUUCUGGAUGGUGGCAUACGACGCCCGUGCCAGAGGCUGAUAUCCCCGCCAUACGCAUGAGUAAUGUCUUCAACGGGGUCCCCUCCAGCUGCUUUCCUUCAUCCACUGGAUUAGGCUCCUCUUUUGACACUGAGCUUGCGGCAGAAGUUGGUUGUCAUAUCCUCCUGGGACCUACCGUCAACACUCAGAGGUCUCCUUUGGGAGGACGAGGCUUUGAGUCAUUCUCUGAGGAUCCUCACCUCAAUGGGACAAUUGCCGCUGCCUAUAUAAAUGGAUUGCAGUCCAAGGGUGUCGCAGCCACAAUCAAACAUUUCGUCGCCUAUGAUCAAGAAUUCCGGAGAUGCUCCAUUAGUAGCGACCCGUUCCAAAUUGCGGUCAAGGAAGCUAAUCCAUGGGCAUUAAUGACUGCUUAUAGUCGCUUAAACGGGCUUCACUGCUCGGAGAACGAGUGGCUGCUGGACGAUCUUCUCAGAAAGGAAUGGGGCUACAAGGGGAUGAUCAUGAGUGACUGGUCCGGUACAUACAGCACCGCCGAGAGUAUCCAAGCCGGGGUGGACGUUGAAAUGCCAGGGCCGACCGUCAUGCGGGGCGACGCAGCCAUCAGGGCAGUCGUCGCCGAGAAGCUGUUCCUCCAUGAUAUCGAUUGUCGCGUCAGGAAGGUCCUCGAAAUGCUUCAACACGCAUACGAAUCUGGGAUUCCAUUUGACACCCCAGAGGAACCGUUGGACACUCCUCAAGUACGUGCGCUUCUCCGGAGGGCGGCUGCAGAUGCUAUCGUCCUCCUCAAGAACGAGAAGAGUCUCCUUCCUAUCGGAGCGGGCGUACAUAAGAUCGCUGUCAUUGGCCCUAAUGCCAAGCAAGCUGUAAUCUCCGGUGGAGGCUCUGCCUCCCUUCCCCCAACAUACUCCGUCUCACCGUUGGAGGGUGUCACCGAGUCCGCGAAGGAGAUUGGCGCUGAAGUCGAGUAUACGGCUGGAACGCUCUCGUACCGAUACCUGCCUGCCAUCGACCCGUACAUAACAUACGACGGGAAGAGGGGCGCGUUCUUCGAGGCUGUGCCUGCCGUGUGGAGCACUCGAACGAACUCUGCGAAGUGCUUCCUGGCCGAUGGGAUUGACGACACCAAGGUCAACGAAAUAUGCUGGCUGAGGUUCACGGCAACCUUUGUCCCCGACGAAGACGGCGAUUGGGAAAUCGGGAUGAACAUCGCAGGCCGAGGAAAUUUAUUCAUCGACGACAAACUUGUCAUCGAGCUCAGCAUCAAUCCGAAACAGGGAGAUUCAUUCUUCGGUCUCGGAACUGUCGACAUUCGUACGGUUGUGAAAGGGCUCAAGGCUGGGACUAAACACAGGGUCGAAGUUCGUCUGAGUAACAAAGCAUUCAUUGCUGGGGGCGCACCGUUUGCAGCUCGUGGUGGAAUUCAACUUGAUGCCAUCCGUCGGAUUGAUCCCGAGGACGGCAUCAAACGAGCGCUUCGUGAUAGCUCGGAACGUGAAGGGUACGACAGGCAAAAUAUGGACCUUCCUGGCCUCACCAACCGACUUGUUGCUGAAGUACUCGCCGCCAACCCGAAGACCGUGGUCGUCAAUCAGUCUGGAACGCCGGUUGAGAUGCCGUGGAUCGGGGAUGCCCACACCCUUCUUCAGGCCUUCUAUGGAGGCAAUGAAGCAGGCAACGGCAUUGCUGACGCCGUAUUCGGCAAGGUUAACCCGUCGGGCAAGCUCGCCCUCACGUUCCCGAAGCAUAUCGAGGAUAAUCCAUCGUAUCCCUCGUUCGGCGACAAACCUCAGGUCCAUGGCAAGAUCGUCUACAACGAAGGCAUUUUUGUUGGAUACCGAGGAUACGAGGUUAAGAAGCUCGCACCGCUAUUCCCUUUCGGCCAUGGUCUUUCAUACACUACUUUCGACUACUCCGCUCUUGAGGUUUCUGGUAUCUCUGAGCACGGCAAAUUCUCGGUCUCUUUCACAGUGAAGAACAUGGGGAACGUCGAGGGCCGAGAAGUCACGCAAGUUUACAUCGCAGACCCGCAGUCGUCGUUGCCUCGACCGGUUAAGGAGCUCAAGGGUUUCGCAAAGGUUCCGGUCAAGUCAGGGCACAGCGAGAAGGUCACUGUGCAUCUUGACAAGUACGCUAUCAGUUUCUAUGAUGAGCGGAAGGGAGCGUGGGUGGCGGAGGCUGGGAAGUUCAAGGUGCUUGUUGGAGCUUCGUCGGCGGACGUGAGGCUGUCGGGAGAGGUCGAGCUUGGGAAGAGCUUCUAUUGGACUGGAUUGUAAUAAUCAUCUGCUAGCAAAAAUGGCCUGCGUAAUACAUCUGUU